AAUAUGCUCCAUAGAAUUUAUUAAAACGCAACUGUUGUGCUGUAGAAAUGUACACGCUUAAUUUUGUUACUUGUUGAUUUAAAAUUGCAUGUCAGACGUGUAAUGCGCUUCACUUGUUAUUGUGCUUUAACAUAUCUAAUAUGUAGCAGUUAAAUGUGUGAAGAAUAUAGAAAUAACCUGCUAGAAUCGUAAAUAUUCAGCAACUCAUUUCAAAACAAACUUAAGGAAAGAAGGCCUGUGAUAUGGAGUCGAUAACCCCCAAGAAGAUAAAAAGCCCUAUUUUAAAAACUUCUCCAGGAAAUGGAUUUAACCCGAAGACCUCCAUUUCAUGUUCUGAUGUUCCUGAAAGUCUUCUUGAACCAGCUGCGGCUAAGAAGCAUUUCAGCAAGUUUGGUAAAGUGCAGAGGAUACGCCUGGUCACGAAGAAGCAGAUGUGCAUUGUUGAAUAUGACCAACCAGCUUCUAUGGAACGUGCAGUGCUUAAUGCUGGGGCAUAUGAUGGCUUUAUGUUUGAUGUCACUCGGUUCAAGCCUCGAGUAAGAAGAAAGAGCAAACGAGAGGAUGACCCAGAUUGGGUGCCUGAUUCAGAUGUUGAAGAGGAACUCUCAGCCAUGGGGGGCAGCCCCACCUAUGUAACAAGGCAAAACCGCAUGGAUGUUUCCCAAGAGCCAAGCAAGCCAAAUGUACUUGCAAGGGUGAUCACACAUUCACCUUCAAAUAAAGCAGAUUCACCUGUGAGGAAGGGAGAGUCACCCAUAAGAAAGGGAGAUUCACCCAUGAGGAAGAAAGUACCUUCCCGAGAAAGACCAGUGACAAUACAACCAAAAAGUGGCAUAGAGUCCCCAGUGAUCGUAACCACAACCCAGACAACACUGAGCACCACAGAAGCAGCUGCUGAGUUGCACCAACUGCGGUUCAAGGUUUCUUCGACCUCUGAUGAGCAGUGGAGGAUAUUAGAUGCUCGAGACAGAAUUUUGAGAGCAUGGGGCGGUGCAGGAGGUCGUAUAAAAGUCGGCGGAGCCACUAUAGGCACAUGUCCUGACAUGUGCCCAGAAAAAGAACGCCUGCACAGACAAGCAGAACAUCAGGUAAUGUCACUGGAAACCACGCCAGACUGCGACUACAAACUCGAAACUUGGCGCGCCGUGAAACAGUACAGCCGGAGCUCCGCCGACCAGGAAAUCCCCAUGUGCUAUGAGCUCAGGCCUGCUGUCGUGCUCGAACGGACCUGCGCUUAUCUGCUGAGUGAGAUCGCUGACACCACAAGACAAGUCACUCUUGCAGAUUGGUUUCACUUUAUGUGGGACCGUUUCCGUGGAAUACGAAAAGAUAUAACGCAGCAGGCUCUUUGUUGCGCCGAGUCCAUCCGCUUAGUUGAGAUGUGCGCGCGUUUCCACGCGCACUGCGCGGCGCGACUAGCCGACCUGGAGCACACGCAGUUCGACCAGAAGCUCAACACCGACAACCUCACCAAGUGCCUGCAGACGCUCAAGCACAUGUACGCCGACGUCGGUCCCGACCAGAAACCCAGGGAGGCAGAGUUCCGCGGCUACAUAGCGCUGCUCAACUUGGGCGAUGCCAACUUUUGGUGGGAGAUAAAACAGCUACCAGUAGAAAUACAAAAGUCGGAAGCCAUCACGUUCGCCAUAAAAGUAUUUAACGCUUUGGAUAAUAAUAAUUACGUCCGGUUUUUCCGACUCGUCAAAGAAGAAGCGUCAUACCUUCAGGCAUGCAUUCUCCUGAGGUACUUCAACGAUGUUCGCGCCAGAGCUUUAGCAAGAAUUGUCAAGGCUUUCGCCCCGAGGGGUGGAUCGCGCUAUCCGGCAGAAGAACUAAUGAACGCUCUCGCGUUCGAAUCGGUCGAUGUAAUGAAAGCUUUUGUUAAUCAUUAUGGAUUACGAUUUUCCAAAAAUGACGAGGAGUUGACAGUUAUACUCGACAGAAAUCAGUUCAUAGAAGACAGUGACCCGUUCCCUGUUGCGCGUGCUCCACACCUCAUUGAAUCAAAGAGACUGUGUAAAGUGGGCGCGGUUAUUGCGGGAGGACAAGUACCUGUUGUAGACUUUAGAAGAAAUCUUCCCUAUUCAAGCUUUAAUAAAGAUGGGACUCUUAAAGAGGAAGCUUUAACUGCUCAAUAUCAAGGAUAUAACACCAACAACGACAGUAAUAAAGAUGUCCAAUCUCUAAGAGCAGAAAUUCAGCGCCUAGCGCAAGGUGGCAGAAGUUACGCAAUCACGGGCAGAACUUCGGAAACAAAGUCAAAUGUUUUCGCUAAGCCUGAAGUAAAAUCGCAAAGUCCUGUAAAACCUUUAAGUUUCGGCAGUCCUCAAACCAACAACACUAGUGGAAGUGGUAAAGCAUUAUUCUCGUUUAAGCCAGCUAUACCAGUUGCUCCAGCUGAGAUUAUUAAUAACUCGCCUGAGCAAAGUCCUGGCUUUAUAUUUUCUAAGCCCCAAGAAGAUAAUAACAAUUUGUUCAGUAUGCCUGCAGAGCCUAUAGGAAACAAGAAUAUUUUUGGGAAGACUACUAACGACACUAAUAUUUUUAAGAGUGGCCAAAAUGUGUUUAAUGAAUCAAAAUCAGCUGGAAGUCUAUUUCAAAAGCCAGAUGUCAAACCUUCUGUAUUUGGUCAGCUAGUUAAUGAAAAUAAACAAGAGAGCAAAAAGUUGUUUGAUGGGUCUAUAAAUAGCAACUUAUUUUCAAAGAAAGAUGAACCAAGUCCUGUAUUUGGUAACCAAAAUGUAUUAGGCAGUAAAAAUAUAUUUGCAAGUGCCAAGGAUAACCUGUUUGCCAAGCCCGAUACUGCUGGGCAAACUGUUAAAGGAAGUAUAUUUGGUAAACCUUCAACCCAAACACCAUCGAGUGUGUUUGGUUCACUAAACAAAGAUAAGUUGUUUACAGAGAAAGAUGUUAGUAACACAAAAUCAUUAUUUGCUACUAAUGGAGAGACUCAUGCAAUAUCACCUGGAAGUUUAUUUAAAAGUGCAGUAAAAACGGACCAGAACACAGAUGAAAAAUCAUACUCAAUAUUCCAAAGUAAAAAUAAAUUCAAUUCAGUAAAUCAAAACCUAUUUAGUUCAUCUACUGAACACAAGAAUGGCGAAGUAUUCGAUUUCAACGAUGAUCCUCAAAAACAACUUGAAGAACAAAGGCUUUAUGAACAAAAAAUGAAAGAAGAAGAAACUAGGCGGUUAGAACAAAUACGAAAAGAAGAAGAAUUACGGCAAGAAUUGAAAAGACAAGAAGAGAAGCGACGCCAGGAAGAACUUAAACGAGAACAAGAUGAGCUUCGGCGCAUUGAAGAAGAACGGAAAGAAAAGGAGCGUAAAGAAGAGGAGAAAAGAAAACAGGAAGAACUAAAGAAACGCUUAGAAGAACAAGAAAGAAAAAGAGUAGAAGAAGCUAGACUAGCUGAACUAAAACGAAAGGCCGAAGAAGACCGACAAUUUAAAAUAAGAGUAGAAACAGAAUCCAGUAAAGUAACAGAAGAAAUCAUUGACGAGAUCAACAAAGAAACUGUUACAGAUAUGAUGAAAGAUGAAUUAAGAAAACUAGAUGAUUUAAUGCAAUUUGCGGGUGAUGUGACUGAAGACAUUGUUACCGAAUUGUGUUCAGAAAUUAGCCAAUCCGAAAUGCUUGCAGAGAAAAUAUGGACUAAUAAAUUGAUGAAGAAGUGGUUUCACAUUUGGCGCAAAAAUUACAUUAGAAACAUAAAACGGAGAAGCUUAUUAGAAGAUACGCCUGUCUGGCUUACAGAUAGGACGCCGAUCCAAGAAGCAUCCUGUCUCAAACGUAUGGUCGAAAAUGCGACUCUGAAGAAUAUGAAUGCCAUACAUAAGGGUUAUAAAUUUAGUGGAAAAUUAGCACAACUUCCAAGACCUGAAACUCUCAAUUUGAUGGAAAUAAUCAGAUCUUCCCUUCUCAAGCGAAUGAAACAGAUAAAUUAUUCGUACGACAAAGGAUUAUUUUGGAAAGUUACUUUAGUAUCUCCUAGUGCUCAAUUUAUGUGCCGAAAAAUCAAUGUUCAAGAAUGGAUAAUUGACUCUUUUAGCGAUAGAAAAAACAUGAAGUAUCAAGCAGUCAUAUACGUAGGGAAAGAAACAUGGAAUAAAUUACUGGAUUUUGCAAUAUCUGUAAGUUUGACCGAUAAGGGUAAAAAUAGCUGUAAUGAAGCCAUGGACGGUAGCAAUGGCCUCAUUUAUUACGUCACUGAAAAAGAUGAUGUUAUAGCCACUAUUGAAGACACUUUAAAGACUAAAUAUCUGUACCAAGUUAUUCCGAUCGCAUUGAUAAUGCCCGAAAAACAGAAUCAAGAAUUAGAACUGUUUCUAUCACAAUGCAUUAAAAACAAAAUUAUUUCAGCUUAUAAAAUAUUUGUUGUGGAGCCAAAUAAUUUAUCAGAGUCACUGAAAAUUACCACAAAACGUGCAUUAAAGUGGUUGGCUCGAAACUAUCCGUAUGUGCCUCCGCUUGAAAUUGACUAUGUCAAAUCUAUAUGUGAGAGAUAUCUCGGUAAUGAAAUAUGGUUCCAGUUAAGAAGAAUAAAAGAUACUCGCUUGGAUGCAGUCAUGAAGGACUUGCCUAAACUAGUCCAAUGUUAUAAUAUAAGUGUGGAAAAAUUGACGCAAGUUAUUACUGAAGAAGAUCUGUUCAACUACCCAUUAUUCCCAUUAGAGCUGAAAAGGUAUUUGAACUCUGAAACAUUAUACCCAAAACCUUAUGAAUUCAUUACAAGCAAUGCUGCUACUUCAGAAAAUGUAGCAUCAAUAAAAAAUAUGAUGAAACACUUGAAAUUACCCACUCCAACGGGAGAGUAUCAGCCAGUCAGUGCGGACAAUAUGCAAGAGCAGAUUUAUACAUACUGCACCCAAAUUGGAUGGUUUCAACAUCCUGAAAAGAGCACACGUGAAAUUACAUUAUUUCAACUAUCAGAUAUUCUUAGAAUGCCCCAUGAAAACUUUAAAGUGUACUUUGAACAAUUUGAUUUGGCAAGCUUCCUGAAUCUAAUAGUGUACGAAAGAAUUUACAGUCUGAAAGACUUUGAUAAUCGAUUUGCUAUAUACGAGAAAUCAAAGUUAGUUGAAUUCCGCAAUGUUCAAUGGUUAUUUGAUUUGGAUAUUAUAAGUAGGUUAAAACACAAAGCACUAGACUAUGAAGAUGACAUAGACGAAUUUAUAAAUGUGAAGCGUCGUAAACUUGCUUUGGAUUCAGCGGAGUACCUCAUGAUUGAAGAUAAAGAUAAAACAAUUGUAGAAGAUAGUAUCAGAGAAGUUGACGAAAAUAUUACGAAAUACAUGGAUUGCAAAUACGAAGUUGAUAAACUAGAGGAACAAAUUGAAGAGGAAAGAAAAAGGUCAAUGGACCUGGAGAGGUUACUGAGAAACGCUUUGUUGGAUGCAUAGCAUCAAUGUUGUAUGUUGUAAUAUGAUGUAGUUAUUUGACGUAAUUAUUAUGAAAAGUGAUUAAAUAAAUUUGAUUUUGUAAACUGUA